AUGGUCGUAUUGUUUCCGUUACAGUUUCCUGAUUCCCAAUUUAAUAGAGAAGGUGAUAAUGGCGGAGUUUCGUCUUCAGGUGGAUUUGUAACUGAUACAGGAACUAUUGCUACCUCUGCUGCAUUUUCUUGGUUUGGCACAUCCGUUACAAAUACAGGCUCUACAGGUAGGGUAGUAUUUGGUACAGGAACAACAGCUGGUUCUGUAGUAUUUUCGGGAUUUGGUCUAUCCGUAACAAAUGCAGGAGCGAAAUCAAGCUCAGUGAACAGAUUCCGAUUAUACGGAUAAGUUCCUGUAUUCCAGUUCGUCGUGAGCAUUCGUCUAGUUAGCACGCGUAUCACCAUUUCUGUGUCUUCAAUAUAUCGACAACAUUUUUACCGGUUAUAGAUAAUCAUAACUUGUGUCACGGAAAUGAAGUGCGCGGUCUGCGAUUCGGUUUUUGAUGAUGGAGUUCAGUGUGGAGUAUGUAAAAAAUACUUGGACUUCGGCUGUGCCAAUAUAUCCGAGGCUGGGUAUAAAAAGCUGGGAGCUGAUCGGAGAGCAGCCUGGAAGUGUCCACAAUGCAAGCAAUCAAGACUGUCUCCAGCUCCAUCUAAUGACUCCUCUAUCCUUGAAAACAUACUCAGAGAACUGCGUGAUGUAAAGAAUCAACUAGCCAAGUUGUCUACCCUCGUAGAUGAAGUCAAGUGUAUCAAACAGGAGCUUUCCGGACUUAAAGAGUCUUGCGAAUUCAACGGCGACCAAUUGGACAAGCAAGCGGUUAGAAUUUCGAAUUUGGAACAGAAGAUACCCGACAUGCAAAAAGUUGAAUCUUCCAUUGAGGCGACCACAACUGACAUUAAUGCCCUUAAAAAAGGUUUAGCACUUAGAGAUCAGUGGACACGUCUGAACAAUAUUGAGGUGAAGGGUGUACCAGUUAAAACCAAUGAAAAUCUAUAUUCUAUAGUUGAAUCGUUGACUAAAGUAGUGGGCUACAGUUUCCCUAAGUCUCAAAUAAAUUACAUUGCCAGGGUGCCAAUACAAAAUUCCAAAGAGAAAUACAUAGUUAUAAAUUUUGUGAACCGCUAUAUUAAGGAAGAGUUCAUAGCUGCAGCACGGGCUAUGAAACAUAUAACUUCUGCCGAUAUUGGAUUUGCAGGCAACUCACAGCGAACUACAAAACUAAACCACAAGUUUCUUAAUUCAUCAUCCCUUGGAAAUUUGAAAAGGCAAAUGGGUAUGAGAUUUGAAGAUAGGCAACCUCCUACACAACAUUUUAGUCAUCACGACAACGGUAAUUAG